AUGGAAGGUGUGGAUCCAGACACUCUUCUGGAAUGGUUGCAAACAGGAGUCGGUGAUGAACGCGAUAUUCAGUUAAUGGCAUUGGAACAGCUUUGUAUGCUCUUGUUGAUGAGUGACAAUAUUGACCAGUGUUUUGAAAGUUGUCCACCAAGAACUUUCCUUCCCGCUUUGUGUAAAAUAUUCCUUGAUGAAACAGCUACAGAAAAUGUUUUGGAAGUCACUGCCCGUGCUAUAACGUACUAUUUGGAUGUGUCGAAUGAAUGUACAAGACGAAUAACACAAGUGGAUGGUGCUGUUAAGGCAAUUUGUAACCGACUAGCAGUUGCGGAAAUGAGUGAUCGUACAAGCAAAGAUCUCGCCGAACAGUGUGUGAAAUUACUCGAGCAUGUUUGUCAAAAGGAAACAUCUGCAGUAUAUGAUGCUGGAGGUUUACAGUGUAUGUUGACUUUAGUUCGUCAGCAUGGACAGUAUGUUCACAAGGAUACUAUUCACUCAGCAAUGUCUGUCAUUACGAAACUAUGUAGCAAAAUGGAACCGAGUGAUUCUACCUUGCCAGAAUGUAGUGCCAGUUUGGGAGCUCUUCUUGAACAUGAUGAUCCAAAGGUUUCAGAAUGUGCUCUUCGUUGCUUUGGCGCAUUAACGGAUCGUUUCAUUCGUAAAUUCAUGGAUCCGGUUGAAAUGGUGCAGCAUGGGAAUCUCGUUGAACAUCUGCUUAAUUCAUUAUUGCCUGUACACCUGACUAGUGUAGCUUGCACUGCCACACUUUCACAUAUGAGAAAUACUAAUUCAGUGGGAUCAAGUGACUCAAUGGCAUCAUUUGGCUUAAAUCGAUCAGCGUCAUUUGUCUCCGUUGUCAUUUCAUUAUUGAGUAAUCUUUGUCGUGGCUCAUCGAUUGUUACCGAACAAGUCGUAAGCUCUCCGGUUCUUCUUUGUGCACUGAAAACAGUCCUGAUGGGCAAAGAUGAACGCUGUAUUAUGGAUGCUUUGCGCUUUUGUGAUCUUCUUAUGAUACUUCUCUGUGAGGGGCGAAGUGCGUUACCUAAAAGUAUGGGUUCUACUAUAGCUAAUCGUACCGAAACAGGUCCUAAUUCAUUUGACCGAUCCCAUAGGCAUCUCAUCGAUGCAAUUCGUCAACGUGAUACAGAUGCUUUAAUUGACGCUAUUGAAUCAGGACAGAUUGAUGCAAAUUUCACGGACGAUGUGGGACAAACUUUGCUUAAUUGGUCUUCUGCAUUUGGCACUGCUGAAAUGGUGACGUAUUUGUGUGAUAAGGGCGCCGAUGUAAAUAAGGGUCAACGGUCCUCAUCGUUGCAUUACGCUGCAUGUUUUGGAAGGUCAGAUAUUGUGAAAAUUUUAUUGAAAUACGGAGCAAAUCCUGAUCUUCGUGAUGAGGAAGGUAAAACAGCACUGGAUAAAGCGCACGAAAGAAGUGAAGAGGAGCAUCAGCUAGUAGCAAGUAUUCUGGAAAGUCCAAGCGCUUAUAUACAAGGGAUUGAUGAAAAGGUAGUGAAGGAAAAAACUGAUGUCGCGGGCGAAACAUCAAAUGAAAAGAUCGAUCCCACGAUCGUGCGUCAAUUACUGGAACAACUUUUACCAGUUUUGUGCGAUGUUUAUCAGCGUUCGCUUGGUGCUAGUGUACAUAGAUCCAGUUUGUCGCUGCUUCGUAAAGCUGUCUGUCAUAUAUCACCUGAGUCAAUGGAAUCGAUGGUUACAAAUGACAGUAAUGGAAUUGAUGUUACGACUGAUAUCUGUUUUUCUCGUGGACAGCGGCUUGCUGAAAAUCUUGUUAGCGUUCUUAUGAUGGGUUUGGAACAUGAAGACGACACAGAAUCGCAUGAAAAUGUGUUACAAAUUGUCAAGUCCUUGUUCAUGAAAAGUACAGACUUUUGGUUAGAGCAGUUGGUGCGCGUUGGGAUUUUCGAAAAAGUUGAAGCUAUUGCUAAUCUACCAGUAACACCAGUGAAAGAUAGUGCUGUGACAACAGUGGUCACUGACGAGAAUGGUCGUAUGUCAAGCUCUUUAUCUGUUACAGUUAUGGAUAACAUGUUUGUGGAAGCAGAUGAAGUUUCACAAGGUUUAGCUGAUUAUAAUUCUUAUUUCUAUGUAAAUUCUGGUGUAAAGAAUGGACAACAUUUUACAGUGAAUCCUUCAAAAAACUGGAGUGAUGAAAGUACCACAUCUUCAACGGUUAUAUCAUCAGCUAAGGAAAUAAAUGAUCACGCAAUGGUCAACGUUCCUGUUCAUUUCCAGGAUGAUGAUCCACACAAUACGCAGGUAACUGCGUCUGCAAGUAUAAAUGCUUUAACUCCAUCUUCUGUUUUCGAAACAUCUGAGACUGUUUCUGUCACAGCGGUAACUUCCAAAUAUAAUACGAGCGUUGAUCUUUCGUUGGCAGCAGAUGAUGAAUGGGAAAUUUUACAAGGUAAGAGCUAUCGAUGGAAAGAUUGGAGGAUGAUCAAAAGCAGAGAUUCCUUCUUUAUUUGGUGCGAUGCUGUAGCCGUGGAAUUUAGCGAUGGUAGUAAUGGUUGGUUCCGCUUCAUGUUAGAUGGUCGGCUUAGUACUAUGUAUAGCAGUGGGAGCCCAGAGGCUGGUUCUGACAACGCUGAAACCCGUGGUGAGUUUUUGGACAAGCUCACCAAAGCUCGAAGUGUUGUACCACCAGGCAGCUUUCUUCAUUCAAUAUUUAGCACACCGGAUAUUAAUAAAACGAUUGAAAUUGGCAAUUGGAUUUUGAGUUCGCCAAAAAUUGGUGAAUUAAUUGUAACAAAUUGUGAUGGGAAUCAGCAACGUUUGAUCAUUGUGGAGGAUUUGCCUGGUUUCAUUUUCGAAUCAAAUCGCCAAACAAAACAUUGUUUCCAAGCGGAAAGGACUCUAGGUUUAGACUUUGUUACUGGGUGGGCUGCACGAGGUGGAGGGCGACGCUUACGCUUCCGUGCCGAGACUCAGAAAGCGAAACUACAAGAAAUGGCGAAGGAAAUUUGGGUCAAAUAUUUGAAAGAAGCUCAAUCAAAGCCACGGGACGCUUUAGUUGAAUUACAGAAAGCAUCAUCCACAAUCAAGAAUAUCUGCCAGCAAAAAAAUGAUCAGUUAUCGGCACAUAUGCUUUCGGAACUAGAAGCAGCUUUGAAAUGCAUUCAUUCUUCCGUUAUUAAUGAUCGUCUGCUAUCAACUUUUGAAUUGUCGAUAUCUGGAAUGGUUGGCGCUUUAUUGGCGUUUCUGAAAUUUGUACAAAGGGACACGAAUUGUGAAAUAGCAAUCAUUUUCCGAAGGGUUUUCGUAGACCAGCGUUCACUGUCCGCUCUAGUGUGUAAAAUGGUGUCGGUUCUAGAUUCUAUAGAAAAAUUUCCUCAGUAUCUCUAUGACACUCCCGGUGGUUCAUCAUUUGGUUUACAAUUAAUUAAUCGUCGUAUAAAACUGAAAUUAGAACAAUUUAAUUCGAAUACACCUCCUCAGAUGCAGUUGCUGGAUCGAUCGGGUAGAACAAUGAAAGUGGAACCAUUAAGUACAGUGAAGCAGUUGAAGUGUUAUAUUUUGCGAAUGGUUACUAAACAGUGGUAUGAUCGAGGACGUCAAACGUUUCAUUUUGUGGAAGAAAUAAAAAACGCAAGAAAGCAUGGAACAAAAAUUUCAUUCACUUACACUAGUGACUUCGAUGAUAAAGGCAUAAUUUAUUGGCUGGGAACAAAUGGAAAAACAGUUACUGAAUGGACAAACCCAGCAAGUGUUCAUGUUGUUUUCGUAACAAGUUCGGAUGGUGAACGUCUACCAUAUGGCCAGCAUGAAGACAUUUUAAGCCGUGAAGCUCUCAAUUGUCAUACUUCUGACGAUAAAAACGCUCACUUUACGAUUGAUCUUGGUAUUUAUUUUUAUCCAAAAACUUAUACGCUUCGGCAUGCUCGUGGUUACGGACGAUCUGCCCUUCGUAAUUGGCUUUUACAGGGUUCUCAUAACGGUCGAAUAUGGGAUGUACUUGUGGUGCAUGAAAAUGAUACCUCAUUGAAUUAUCCAGGUUCCACAGCAUCAUGGCCAAUUGCUUGUCCAGAGGACAAAGGUCCCUAUCGAUAUAUUCGCAUUGCACAAAACGGCAGAAAUGCCAGUAACCAGAAUCAUUAUUUGUCGUUAUCAGGUUUUGAAAUAUAUGGUGAUGUUGUUGAUGUCGUGGUAGAUGGUUUUAAAAUUCUGGAAGAAAAGCCAAGCAUGAGUAGCAGGCGAUCCAAAAAAUGUAUUACUAGUACUAAGGAAAUAUCAGCGAAGGAAAGCAUUAUUAAUGAAACAUCGCUCACUUCAAUCAAUACUAACAUACAUUCUGCGACCUCACUUGGUGAUGCCAGUGUUGUUCAUUUGCCUGGCGGUCAAACCAAUAAUAAAGUUGUAAGUGGUAUUAUUGGAUGUGAUGUGAUGCUCAGCGGGACAAAUGCAGUGAAGAGCAGGACAUUUCGGUAUCGGCGUGGUUCGCGUUUACUGGCAGCAAAUAUAGCAGGACGUGGAAUCCGUAUAGCUAGCGUGCCUGAUGCAGUGACUUGUCCGGUAGGCAGUCGCGUAGUUCGAGGUCCAGAUUGGAAAUGGGAUGAUCAGGGGAGUAAUAUGGAAGGCACGGUCAUAUCUCUCAUUGAUAAUGGUUGGAUUGAUGUUCAGUGGGAUGAUUGUACAUCAAAUUCUUAUCGCUUUGGUGCCGACGGAAAAUAUGAUAUUGAAUUGAAGUCUGCUGAAUGGUCACCGGGUUUACGUCGAGGUUUUCGAAUAGUUGGUGCACGACGAGAGAGUCAUGCUGCAGCUACAUUGUAUCCCACCGGUAGCGGUCAAGUCCUUCCUGGAUUUUCAAGACAGCUUCCUCCAGUUCCGCGCGGGUUUAUGGAUCAUAGUCCCACAGAAACAUUACGAAAGGCGAAGCCCGGCAAUGCAUCUUUUUCCCGGUAUCAUCAAAGUGUCAGUUCACGUAGCAGUGCUGAAAUGAGUACUUUCGAUCGGAACAAAUCUGACUCUUGUCUUCAUUGUGGUUCACAAGAACAUCGUACAAAAGAUUGCGUUAAUGGUUUGGACUCCUCUAAUUUACAGAAAUCAGAAAUUAAUGCAGAAGAUGAAAGCAUUACUAAUGCUAAGAUUAUUACUACAAAUCAGCUGUCCUCAAAUAUUGCACAAAAAUCGAUGUCAACUACCAAUUUGUUUGAUGGAUCUGAGGCAGCGAAAAGAGCGUCAGUAGCAUCAACCAAUCAGGCGGCAAGUGCGGAAUCUUUGCAACAUCAGACACCAUCCUUAGAAAAUUUACUGGCACGUUCAAAAAUAUUCGAUGACCGUAUCCCAGAAGUAGUCUCGGAUGAUAUACCUACAGCUGAAAGUCAGCAUACAACUGGCUCCUCAACAGCCGUCGAUACUGAUCAGGAAAGUAUUUCUACAAAUAACUAUGCCGGUUUGGAUACCAGCUUCGAAAGUUUUGAUGGUGCAGUCGCAAUUAUCGAAAAGACACAUGAUGUGAAUGUUUCUAUAAAACCGAGCACAUACGUUGGUGGCUCUCAGCCUAUAUUACUUGAUCAAGAUUCUGACACUUCUGGAGAAGCGCAAGUAAUCAGGCAGCGUGAUACGUGUUCAUAUCCUCAGAACUCGGUGAGAUCCAACAUACAAAAUGAUUUAGCUCCAGCAAGUAGUAGUAAUACUACAUCGCUGGGGGAGGCAAAUGCGCGAAAUUUAGCAAAUAUGAGUGUCAGCGCUCCAAAUUUGGUUAUUUUACGACAGCUUCAACAGUCGGGAGCAACGUCGAAUACUGAUCAAAUGUUCUUAUCCGGUGACGAUGAUUUAGUGCGGAAUAUCUUGCAAGAUUUGGCCAACGAUCCAUCGCGGCUUCGUAGCUUGCGUCGAUUUGCACUUGCAAGAAGCGGUUCAGCUAUGAUAAGUGAUGGUGAUAACGCUAUACAUGAUUCUACUCGGCGGUCUUUAAUCAAUGAAGAAUACGGGCGAAUAAGGAACGAAUCGUUUGGAGCACUGACUCAUGAAAUCAUUCGCAAAAAUGCCGACAUGAGUAGCGAAGUUAAUGAACAUAUCGAUGCUGUCGUGUCACUUGCUGAUGGUGAAUCGAAUGAAAGCAAACUAGGAGACAGCUGGAAACAAAAAGAAAGAGGUUCCUCAGAGAUACAAGGAAAUACAUUUCCCUUGGAGCCUGUGAAAAUCUCGUUGGUGCCCAUGAUGUUGCAGUCGUUUAAUCCUGGACAGAGAAUAAUAACUGAAGAAAAUAGUAGUAAUCGCGAAGUGGCAACAAAUAUAUCGAUUGCUGAUAGCACAAUUUUUUCUACAAAUGGUCGCAAAGCGCCUUUAACUUCUUGCUUACCAGAGCAGUUAGAUGACGAUGUUUCUGAUAAAAUGGAUGCUUCGAUGGAAAUAAUCGGUUCAAAUCAGCCAGGUGGUUCCCAAAGAGCACUUGGCAAAUCUUCGUUUGGAACAGGUUUUCGAUCAGCUUCUGGGUCACAGUCUUUGUGCUCACGACGAAGUAUGCAAAAUAGUGGAGGCAAUUUCCCUUCACGUUUAGGUAAUUACGCAGAUGUUCUACGCACCGUUGUCAUGCAACAAAUCAUUGAUUCUGGUGGUUCGCUGAAUGGUCUCGAGUUAGAAGAAAUUGAGGAUGACAUAUACGAUGAUGAAAUGCAAGAUGAAGGUAACGAAGAUGACUGUGAUGAGGAAUAUGCAAAUGGUUUAUCUGUAGAGGCACUGGCGCAAGCAGCAGCUGCUUUUCAUAAACAGUCCAGUGGAGGAAACACUGGAUUGAGUAGAGAACUGAAGUUUAACUGGAAACAGAUUGUAAUGGGUGAGGCUGGCAGAUUGAUAGGUGAUCGAGGUUUACGAUCAUCAACCUCGCCAAGUAACAACAAACAGAAUCGAGGAGGUGUCAGUCGGAAUUGGGAUGAUGAAUUCGUUUUGAAGCACCAAUUACCUGCCUUAAUUCCUGCAUUCGAUCCUCGUCCAGGCAGAACAAAUGUCAAUCAGAUCCAGGAUAUCGACUUGCCAGAUGGUAUCAGUGAUUCUCGGAGUGAAGCGGCAUUUUAUUCUGGGUGUUCAGUGCCGCAUACGGAAGAGGUACCAGAGUUGCGUCUAUAUCUUCAAGGACCCAAUUUAACAAACAUAAGUAAUGCUACUAUCGAACUGGUUGAUAAUGACAGAUCGAUAUUUUUCUAUCUUCAGCAGCUUGUUCAAAAUGUCGAGUGGGGACAGAAAAAUGAAAGAACAAGGCGUAUUUGGGAGCCGACGUAUACAUUGAUUUAUCGAAAUGCAUGUGAUAAUGAUGAACUUCCGCAAACAAUUAAUAAAACGGUUGCAGAAAUGAAUGGUUUCCCAGAAAAUGUUGCUAAUACUUUGGUAGUUCUUUCAAACUUACAUCAAAUUGGUGCAAAUGUAAUGAAAUAUGAAAUGGCGACAGAUAUUUUUGUUAGUGAAAAAUUGACUCAAAAACUGAUGCAAGAGCUGGCAGAUCCGUUGAUUGUUUCUGCAAGAGCUUUGCCUUCUUGGUGUGAUGAACUAAUUUUCAAAUAUCCAUGUUUAUUUAGUGUUGAAACGAGGACUAAUUAUUUUCGAGCUACUGCGUUUGGUACUUCGCGUUCAAUUGUAUGGCUACAGGCUCGUCACGAUCAGAUGCUUGAACAGUCUCGUGGUGCAACAAGUGCUGCAUCGGUAUCGAAUCUUACUGGAACUCGUAGAGAUGAUAAUUAUCCCGAGUUCCGCAUAGGCCGAAUUAAGCAUGAACGCAUCAAGGUGCCACGUGACGAUGAGCAGCUAUUCGAAUAUGCUGUCCGGUUAUUGGAGUUUCAUGCUUCUAGGAAAGCGGUGCUGGAAGUUGAAUAUAUUAAUGAAGAAGGAACUGGAUUGGGACCAACACUGGAGUUUUAUGCUUUGAUGGCCGCCGAAUUUCAACGCAAAGACUUAGCAAUGUGGAUCUGUGAUGACAUGGAUACUGACCAGAUGGAAGGACUAGAUCUUGGGGAGGGUGUGAAACCACCGGGAUACUAUAUUCGUCGCACUGGAGGACUUUUUCCGGCUUCAAUACCAAUUUCAUCUGCAGAAAAUUCACGUGUUUCUCAAUUAUUUCGAAUUUUCGGGAUUUUCCUAGCUAAAGUACUACAGGAUGGUCGUUUGGUGGAUUUACCACUUUCGCAACCAUUUUUAAAAAUAAUUACCAACCCACAGCUAACUGAAGGAAAUACUGUUGAUUUGAAUGGUGUACUUAAUUUGAAUGAUUUGGAAGAAGUAUACCCAGUCAGAGGUUGUAUAUUAAAAGAACUAGAUGCAUAUAUCGUGCAGAAACGUUCUAUUGAAGCUGACAAGAGGUUUGAUCCAGAUACUCGACGACGAAAGAUCGAACAACUUAAAUUAAAUAUUAAUGGUUCAGAAUGUACAAUUGAGGAUUUAUCAUUAACUUUUUGUGUAAAUCCAUCGUCAACUAUAUUCAACUAUAAGCAAAUGGAACUGAUUGAAAAUGGUAUGAAUAUCGAUGUCACUGCUAAUAAUGUUGAACUUUAUAUUGCUUCAUGCACGGAUUUUUAUCUCAGUUCUGGUAUUCUUAAUCAGUUGAAAGCAUUUCGCGAAGGCUUUGAUCUUGUUUUUCCUUUACGAAAUUUAAGGAUGUUUGUUCCAAGAGAAUUACAGACUUUGCUAUCUGGUGAUCAGUGUCCGGAAUGGACUCGUGAAGAUAUUAUUAGUUUCACUGAGCCAAAACUGGGUUAUACUAAGGAAUCGCCUGGUUUCUUACGCUUUGUUGAUGUUCUAGUAGGAAUGAAUGCUUGUGAACGCAAGUCCUUUUUACAGUUUACAACAGGUUGUUCUUCCUUGCCGCCAGGUGGUUUGGCAAAUUUGCAUCCACGUUUGACAAUUGUUCGAAAAGUUGAUAGCGGCGACGGUAGUUAUCCAUCUGUGAAUACUUGUGUUCACUACUUAAAAUUGCCCGAUUAUAGUUCUACGGAGAUUAUGCGUGAACGUCUUCUAACAGCAACUAAUGAAAAAGGUUUUCAUCUAAACUGA